UUCUUCUCUUCUUCUUCUUCUUCUCUUUUAAAACUUAGAUUCUCAAUUUCUUCCUCUUGAUAUCAUUGUGAGAAUUGUCAUGAAAAUGAGUCUUCAAAGUGUGAAAGUGCAGAAGCUUGGGCCAGCAGAGUGCGAGAAAGACGCGGAGAAACUGAAAUUCAUCGAUGAAAUGACGAUGAAAGCUGAUGAGGUACAAGCCAAUGUUUUGAAGGAGAUUCUGCGCCGGAAUGCCGAGACUGAGUAUCUAAAACGAUAUGAUCUUGGUGAUGCUACUGACCGCAAAACCUUCAAAUCCAUGCUUCCUGUUGUUACUUACGAAGACCUUCAGCCGGAGAUUCAGCGUAUUGCUAAUGGUGAUCGCUCCGCCAUUCUUUCGGCUCAUCCUAUCUCUGAGUUUCUCACUAGUUCGGGAACAUCGGCCGGAGAAAGGAAACUAAUGCCGACGAUUAAAGAAGAGCUCGAUCGACGCCAAUUACUCUACAGUCUUCUUACCCCGGUCAUGAACUUGUAUGUGAAGGGGUUGGACAAAGGGAAAGGAUUAUACUUCCUCUUCGUGAAAUCAGAGACAAAAACACCGGGAGGAUUGACGGCGAGGCCGGUGUUGACAAGCUACUACAAAAGUGAUCACUUCAAGACCAGGCCAUUUGAUCCAUACAAUGUCUACACAAGUCCAACUGCUGCCAUUCUUUGUGCUGAUGCUUACCAAAGCAUGUAUGCACAAAUGCUUUGUGGUCUUUACCAAAGGCAAGAGGUUCUUCGUGUCGGAGCCGUUUUCGCUUCCGGCCUCCUCCGUGCCAUCCGCUUCCUCCAAAUUCACUGGUCUCAGCUCUCGCACGAUAUCGCCACCGGAACUCUCAACAAAAACAUCACCGAUCAAUCUGUUCGAGCGUCACUCACCUACAUCCUCCGGCCUGAUCCGGAGCUCGCUCAAUUCAUCGCUGCUGAAUGUUCAGGAGGUGAAUGGGCUAAAAUUAUACCGAGAAUAUGGCCAAAUACUAAGUAUCUAGACGUUAUCGUCACCGGAGCAAUGGCACAGUACAUUCCGACACUCGAGUACUACAGCGGCGGAUUACCGAUGGCGUGCACGAUGUAUGCAUCGUCGGAAUGCUACUUUGGGCUUAAUCUCCGGCCAAUGUGUCCUCCCUCCGAGGUCUCCUACACCAUCAUGCCCAACAUGGCCUACUUCGAGUUCCUCCCCCACAACCCGGACUCCACUGAGUCAACUCAUCCGAGUCAACUCGUUGACCUCACCGGAGUUCAGCUCGGCAAAGAAUACGAGCUCGUCAUCACCACCUACGCCGGUCUUUACCGGUACCGAGUUGGUGAUAUUCUCCGUGUCACUGGCUUCCAUAACUCAGCUCCACAAUUCCGCUUUGUUCGUCGUAAAAACGUACUACUAAGCAUCGAGUCGGAUAAAACCGAUGAAGCUGAGCUUCAACAUGCGGUAUCGCAGGCCUCGAAGCUUCUGCUACCUUACAACACUAGCAUAAUUGAGUAUACAAGUUAUGCCGAUACGAAGACAAUCCCCGGACAUUAUGUAAUUUAUUGGGAGCUUUUGAAGAAAGACGCGGCGGCCGGACCGAGUGACCGAGUUUUGGACAAGUGUUGCUUGGAGAUGGAAGAGGCAUUGAACUCAGUUUACAGGCAAAGUAGGGUUGCAGAUGGAUCCAUAGGUCCAUUGGAGAUUAGGGUUGUGAGGUCAGGGACAUUUGAGGAGCUCAUGGAUUAUGCAAUCUCUAGAGGAGCUUCAAUUAACCAAUACAAAGUGCCAAGAUGUGUGAGUUUCCCACCGAUUCUUGAGUUACUUGACUCACGAGUUGAGUCAACUCACUUUAGCCCUUCUUGCCCUAAGUGGGCUCCACAUAAGGUUGAUGACAAGGUGGGCCCUCAGUGAUAAUGAUGAGCUUGAAUAAAUUCAAUGAUCAUAUAUAAAAAUCUGUAAUAAUUUGUUGUUGUUGUUAUUGUUAUUGUUCAUGUUGUUGUCCUUGUUACACUAUAAUGCUUUCUUUUAAGGUAAUUAAAUGAUAUAUGCAUUAAUUUUGUUUUUA